AGUGACGGGGCGCGAGCUCGCGAGCGCGGAGGAGGCCGGGGCUUGAGGCGGAGCGCGCGCCGCUGCCGAGCCCCGCCGCCCCGGCCCUGCCGAUGGUGGCUCCGCCGCCCGCGCCCGCCCGGGGCCCUGCGCUCCUGCUCCUGCUCUUGCUGGUCACCGCUCGCGGCCAGGAACAGGACCAGACCACCGACUGGAGGGCCACCCUCAAGACCAUCCGAAACGGCAUCCACAAGAUAGACACGUACCUCAACGCCGCGCUGGACCUGCUGGGCGGAGAGGACGGGCUCUGCCAGUACAAGUGUAGCGACGGAUCGAAGCCUGCCCCACGCUAUGGAUAUAAACCAUCACCACCAAAUGGAUGUGGCUCUCCAUUGUUUGGUGUUCAUCUGAACAUUGGCAUCCCUUCCCUGACCAAGUGCUGCAACCAGCACGACAGGUGCUAUGAGACCUGCGGGAAAGGCAAGAACGACUGUGACGAGGAGUUCCAGUCCUGCCUCUCCAAGAUCUGCAGAGACGUGCAGAAGACACUCGGACUCUCUCAGAAUGUCCAGGCAUGCGAGACGACAGUGGAGCUCCUCUUUGACAGCGUCAUCCAUUUAGGCUGCAAGCCGUACCUGGAUAGCCAGCGGGCUGCGUGUUGGUGUCGUUAUGAAGAAAAGACGGAUCUGUAAAGAAGCCCCUGACAGCGGGUGAGCAGGCGAGAGUGGAGGACAACCCUUGUCAAAGGUCCGAUGCUUUCACAGCCUAAAGCUGCCUUGGUUUUGUGACGGGUCAUUUUGAGUCCUUACCAGACUGUGUCUUGAUGGUAAAACCUCGAAGUGAAAAGGGUAGGGGCCAGGAAGAGGCAGAAGGGAAGGCGUACCCGAGACUGGGAGCGAGCAAGACAUCUGAGAGCGAGCCGUCCUGGGCCUUGCUGUCUGGGUGGCUCCCCUAACUGGGCAGACAGCCCCGAGCCCGUGUGGCUUGGUUUCGUAGCUGUACUUAACAAUAAAAGUGAAAGCAAAUGUGAAAUUCAUUGUAAGGACUUUUCAGCAUUAUCUUAUUUUGAAAAAUAGAACAACUUUCCCUCAGAACUAUUAUUUAUUUUGAAAUUCCAAAUGUACCUUUACACCAGGAGAAACUAUUAUUUCUCCAUUUUAAUUAUAUAUAACAUGUUGUUUCUCUGGAUCCCACUAAGACAGGUAUAAAUAUGUUUCUCACAGUCACAAGGUUUCCAAGUGCGCGUCUCUUGUACAGUUGGAAUCACUGGUUGAUGCUUCUCUUCAGAGGUCACCCAGGACAUCUAAGUAUUGUGACGUGCACAGUAUCCAGAAACACAGCACUCCUGUUUCACCCACCACUCAUAGCAAUCGCCGUCUUUUGCUAUGAAUUGUAGGAAUGACGGGUUUAAUGAGCCAAAUCUGUGCACUACAUGCUGCUGAGUUCGUGGUUAUUCCCCAUUCCUCAUCUUCUAUUCUGGAAUAUUGUUAAAAGUCUGACGUUUUCUAAUGGAGGUCUUAAUAAAAGCUAUUCUUGGUAA